AUGGUGAAGACCAAUGACCGAGUUUCCUCCAUGGAGUCUCGCUUCGAGCAACACUCGGGAAAUCUGCCACCAUUCCUUGAUGACCAAACCUCGGUUCUGCCUGGCCUAUUCCGAUAGGGAACUUUAUAUUCUAAAGAAUGUGUGCCGUUGCCACUGAGCCCCAAACUCAGGCUACUCAACCAAAACACCAGGCUAUUAAUUAAGCCAUCAAACGAGACCAUCGUCUCACAAUCAGCCGAAGGCUCCCAAGCACACAAGGUGGCCAGCAACAAAUCAUCGUUAUACAAUCCUGACUCUCCCCAGUCCUCAUGGGAACCCAGACAGGAACUGGCUUCCUUCUUAGAUAAACAAUUCCGUAGAAAAAUGAGUUAUGAUCAGGUUUAUGAAAUCCUGGACAAUUGCAAUAUCCCUUGAGUGUAUUGUCUCAUAACACCUACCUUAGACCCUUCAGAUUAA